AUGUUGAGCACGACAGGAAGCGAUAACGUCAACGUCAACAGCGCCAUCGCAAACGCGACACAGAUGACGCCGUACAACACCGCUUGUCCGUACCAAAACAAUUCGAUUAUUGAAUCGGAAGAGGGUUUGCCUUUCCAUAUUAUCUGUGGCUGGGACCUGGCGGGUUACGGCGACUACUUCCCCUGGGGACUUGACUAUCGGCCACAUACGGAAACGAUGGAGGAAUGCAUGGAGCUCUGUGCUCAUGCGCACCCGCUAUGUCUCGGGGUAGGGUGGAACUCAGAUCUCACUGCUGGCUAUGGAAAUUGCUAUCUGAAAAACUCGCAGGUUGGGAAUCUCGUGGCUGACAGUUACCAUACCCAUGUCGCAUUGGUGAAUCUGCCAUCAAUCGACGCGUGUUCAUCAAUCACUGUACCGCAACAAAUCCUAAGCAACGACAAAACAUUCAACGUGACUUGCUUCGAAGGUCGGAGCGGGAGUAGCAAUAUCACCUCGGUCUAUAGCGCGAAUAUCACCGGAUGUAUCGACGAAUGCGCAACUUAUAACGGACCGGAGUCGUGUCUCGGUGUCUUUUACGACAAUUCAUUUGCCGAUGGGUUUGAUAACUGCUAUUUGUUAAAUGCAACAGGUUCAGCGAACGCACCGUUCAAUUCUACCUAUGCAGAGCUUGUCUCGGACAAUAGCAAUCCAACCUCUACCUCUACUUCAUCUGCGUCAUCAAACAGCACUGAUGGCUCCUCCUCAUCCAGCAAAGCGUGGAUCGCGGGGCCUGUUGUGGGCGUUGUAGCGGCUGUGGCGUUCGUUGCAUUGGGAGUUUUUUGGUGGAGAAAAAGAAGGUCUGGACAGCAACAAGAUGUGAAAUUCGCACCUCUAGCACGAAACAGCCCGCCGCCAGACAAGUCUGUGGUCCUAGCCGAGUUGCCUCAGCAGCACAACGUGUCGGAGAUGGAGGAUCUCAAUAAACGACAAGCAGGCUACACCACGGAAUCGUCCCACAAAACAUCACCGUAUAAUGAUAUGCUUAACAUUUUUCGCCGAAUGAUGUCUUCGAUCCCUCGUGUACCGAUCCCCGCGAACGGGGUUGAUUAUCGCGGAAAGAUCGUCCUCGCACCCAUGGUGCGAUCGGGUGAACUCCCCUCUCGACUUAUUGCAUUAAAGUAUGGAGCUGAUCUUGUAUGGGGCCCUGAGACGAUUGAUAGAGCUAUAAUGGGUGCUGUUCGGCGCGUCAAUCCACGAAAUAACACCAUAGAAUUCACACGUAUACCUUCCAACAGUAGCAAAAGUGCCGAUCAACUGCCCAAGGAAUCGGUUAUCUACCGCAUCGAUCCAGAGAACGAGAAAGGGAAACUCAUAUUUCAGAUUGGUACAGCAUCGCCAGAAUUCGCUGUGCAGGCUGCCAAGGUGGUGGCCGGGGAUGUUGCUGGAAUAGAUGUCAAUUCAGGGUGUCCGAAACCGUUCAGCACCAGCGGUGGAAUGGGCGCGGCAUUGCUACGGACACCGGAUAAACUUGUUUCUAUUCUUGAAUCGCUUGUGCGUGAAGUAGGGACGCCAUAUAAAAUAGGCAUAUCAGUCAAGAUUCGACUUCUUGAGACGCCGGAGUUGACAAAGAGUCUUGUUACUCGAUUGGUCGCUACCGGUAUUACGGGAUUGACAAUUCAUUGUCGCACGACUCCAAUGCGACCUCGUGAGCGAGCUAUUCGCGAUCAACUCAGUAUGAUUGCCGAAGUUUGUCGGAAUGCGGGUGUUGCAUGCGUUAUGAAUGGAGAUGUCACGUCGCGAGACCAAGCUCUUGAAUUGAUGAAAGAAUAUAAUGUGGAUGGGGCUAUGAUUGCAACAGCCGCUGAAGCGAACUCGUCUUGUUUCCGGUCCGAGGCCGAUGGAGGACUUCUACCAUGGCGGGACGUUGUUAAAGAUUACGUCAAGGAAGCCAUUCGAGUCGAGAAUAAAUUUGGAAAUACGAAAUAUCUACUCAAUAUGAUGAUCAAGGCGAAAGACAAGGCGGGCGCACAAGCUAAACAAUCCAAAAAUUACGUGGACGUUUGUCGAACAUUGGAAUUUGACGACCUCUUACCUGCCGCGGUUGAAGUCGACAAGAUACUCGGUCUUGAAAUGAAGGGAGUUACUAGCAAAAUCACAGAGAAGGAGACCAAACCAUCUGCUGUUCAGAAUGCUAUGGAGAACAACGAGUCUGCCAAAGCUGCCGGAAUCUCAGGGCAUAUCAAGAAGCAGCAGUCCAAUGUGCAGCAUGGGCCAGGUCCUAUUAGAACAACCUCUGCUCGAGCAAGUGUCCCAAAUACACCUAUUGAGACUGACGUUGAUCUCUCUGUGCUAGCGGCACCUCAACAAAGUGGGGUAGCUGUCUGAUAGCCUUAGACUCUAUGGAUCAAAGUAGUGUCUGGAAUUCUCUUGGGCGGCGUCUCGUGGUGAGUUGGGGCUAUAAUCUCGGCUUGGGAUGAUUUACUUUCUUACGAUGCAUAUAUCAUCUUCUCUACACAUAAAUUUAUGGACAUUAGCUAUUGCAUUUGCGGUGUUAUUAUUUGUACGAGGUAUAUAUACUAAUAAAACAUUGAUUUCACAUAC